AUGUACUAUGAGACCAUACUGACUGUCCCCCAAGCGGACUCUCUCUUCACUCCUCCCUCUUCCUACUCUCCUCAGAAGACCAUUACAAGGCUGGACCUUGGACUGGAGUCGCCCUCUGACGACGUGCUAGACGCUGAUAUUUUCAACAUGACUGGUACAGGAUCACCGCAACCAUACAUUAAAGAAGAAGUCGACGAGAUCAACUUCAACUCCAACCGUUUCAUCAGCCACAACGGAUUCGACAUGAGCCAAACAUAUACGGCCACCCACAGUUCAGCUCCGCUCAUGACAACCAUGAGCAUGAACAACCAGUUCGGCUCCACCAGCUACAUCCAAGGUGCUGCCAACAUCGCAGACGACGAGCUCGCUGAUUCGCUGGGCAACUUUGAACAGCCUGGCUUCAACGGCGGCUUCAACCAGCAGGACAUGUACCACAACACCAACGCCAACUCCAACAUGAACCAGAUGUACUCCAACACCCCCGACGAUCUGCCCAUUCACAGCCCAUUCGUCCACCCUGGCAACUUCGACUUCAACCAGUACCAAUCUGGCCCCUCAAGAAUGGGCGGCUUUCCUGGAAGCAUGCCCACUGGCUCCAUGCGGCAACGCAUCGUCAUGAGCAGGACCGGCUCGGACAGCCGCACCCCGAUGUCACCCAAGACCCCAGCCAUGGGUAACCUCCAUCUUGGCACCCCAGACUCUGGUAACUUUGGUACCCAGCCCAUCAUGACCAACAUGCACCGCCACCAAAAGAGUUCCCCCCAUCAGACUGCGAUGCACCAUCAGCAAAUUUCCGAGGUCAUCCACUCCGGCAAACACGCUUCCUUGCCAGCCAAGGUCGACAUUGGGCAGACACAGGAUGCUAAGAAACGCCGUCGACGAGAGUCGCACAACCUUGUCGAACGCCGACGUCGGGACAAUAUCAAUGAGCGCAUUCACGACUUGUCUCGCCUCGUACCACAACAUCGCCUCGAAGACGAGAAGAUCCGCAAGCACAUCAACAACAACGGACCUCUCUCGCCUACCAUGUCUAGUGGAAUGUCACCUCCGCAAGCAACCUCCCUAUUGGCUGGGGGCAGUGGCCGACGCGCCGCUGGGUCCAUCACACAGGGACUCCCGAUCGAGGACAAAGACAAGGGUCCAAACAAAGGCGAUAUCCUCAACGGCGCCGUUAGCUGGACCCGUGACCUCAUGUGGAUGUUGUACAAGAAGAUUCAGGAAUGCGAUGAGAUGGCUGCUCGUCUUCAACAGGCGACUGGCGAGGAGUGGGUGUCUGAGAUGACCGAGGAUGAGAAGCGCAUGAAGACAGAGAUCAUCGAUGCGCUUGAGAAGAACGGCACCGGCACCUUCCGCUACUCCCGAGGCCCCGGAUCUGGCCUGCGAGUACCGAAGCACACCAACCUUGCUGGCGAGCCUUUGAAUGGCAAUGGCAUCUCACCACAAAGCCUGAGUCCUGGUAUGCAGAGCACCGGUAGCGGAUCCGGAUCCAAUCAGCAAUACUGGUCGAACCAAAGCUUGAAGGAGGAAGACGAAUACGGCAUGGACAUGGGUUGAGACCUCUCACCCUUUCCAUUCUUCUUCAGCUGCGCACAUCUCAUAGUCGAUUUCCUACUUAUGAUACCCCGCGAUACCCCGCACCCGUACUUGCAUCCUGCCGAUGCAUGCUUGCGCACACCGAUGGGUGCGCCAGGCGAGUAUGCCAUACUGUCAUUUUCCAGUCGGCUAAACGCGGCUGGUCAACGUUCGCUCCUCGCUCCAUUCGACGCACACCACCUCUGCUGGCCAUGGGCGGCAGCUUCAAGCAUGCAUCACAGCUCCAUCUGUCUCAUUGCGUAACCAUCAUCCUAUCGCAUCACUCACUCUGGCGUUUGCGGCGUCCCGUGCAACGCAUAGGUCGGAGCCCUUUCGCGACUGCUACGCUCGGCUUGCAUAUCACAAUACCUCGAAUUUGCUGAUGCCAUUUACUUCUUUUUUCCUUCUCGCGCGCUAUGUAUGGUUUCUUUUACACGAGUUUGCACAUCACCACUCUGGUUUUAAUACUUUGUUUUCCAUACCCGAAGACACUGGGUUUGUUUCGCACGAGGCGGCGUUGAGUAAUGGCGUUAUGGACAGCAACGCACUGUUGUUACGCAGGUGGGAGGAGAUUUAUUAGAUAUUUACGGGGCCAUGGGUCGGCGAACCCUUUGCCUCUCUUUUCCUUGUUACGGGCUCUUCGGAUUGAUUUAUGACACAACAUCAUGGUCUGUAUGAUUUGUGCAUUUCGGCAACAGGGACACAUGGGUCGGCGAUUGUUUUUUUCAUUUUCCACGUAGCUCUCGUAGUCUUGUUAUCAUCAUUAUCACUAUUUUAUUCAUCACAA